AUGAUGAAACAGGUCCUGACUUAGCAAGAAUUCUGAACAUCCCUUCUGUUCAUAUUCCAACCAUAAUUUCUCCAAUUACGUCAGCUUCAGAAAAAAAAGAUAAGUCAAGCAGACAAAAAUCAGGAAAAUCCCUGCCUUCUGCAAAAACAAACCAUAUCAAAACAGGCCCUUCACCACCUAAUGGCCUGGAAAAGCAAGAAGAAGGAAAGGUGGAAAUGGAAGAACCAGCUUCCCAAAAACAAGAGAUGUCAGAUGAUCUUGCUUUUCCAAGUUUAAAUGUCUCCUGUCCCAAUGGACUUGUGUUAACUUUCCUUGGUGAAAGUUUUGGAGGUUUGAAAGGUGAAGCCCCAGCUGCUGAAGAAGAGGAAGAGCUGGUAAAGGAAAGUGAGGCCAAAGCAGAUGAAGCAAAGGAGGAAAAGGUUAUGGAAAGUGAAGAGAAGACACAUGAGGUUACAGAAGAUGGAACGAAGCACAAAGACACCGAAAGAGAGCAGGCCAAGCAGUCUACUCUGGAAGUUCUGGUUAGGCAGAGUUAUCCCCAAGAAGUAAAGAAUGCUCAUCUUUAUACAGCUGUGGCAAGGCAAGCAGAGCAAGAGGUGUCAAGAAUCAUCACCAAUCAAGGAACUGUCAUAAAAUACUUCAUGGAUGGAUCUACCCAGAUUCUGUUUGCUGAUGGCACAGUGAGUAGGAGUCCUGAUUCCGGCCCUGUCCUACCACCACCUGCAAUUCCAAAUAACAUACAACCAUUACCAGAACUGGAGCCUUUAACUGAGACCAGGACUAAGAAAGGACAAGGCAGUGGCAGAAACAUUGUAUCACACCCAACCAAGGACAAGUUGUUUGAAAAUACUGUUCAGGAUCUGGUUAAUUCUAAGCAACUUGAGGAAAACCAGGCAGGAACCUGGAUAACAACAACUCCAACAGGCAUUCAAGUGGGCACUGAGGGUACAAAGAGAAUGGAUCUGAAGCCACUCUUAAUGUACCAGGCAACUGACCCAGCUGAUGGAAAGGUUAUGACUGUACGAGAUGAUGAAGUGAUAAUUGUUGAGAAGCUGGAUGGUAGCAGAGUAGUAGAACAUGCUGAUGGUACCAGGAUCACAACUUUUUAUAAAAAAUGUGGAGACCAUUUUGUACCGGAGAGUAGUGAGGAAACAGAUGAACACUCAUCAGCCACCUCAAAAAAGGUGAAAUGUAUGCGAGUAGAGAAUCCCAAGUUUGCUACUGUUGUAACAAAUUGUGAGGAUGGUACCUGUUGUACUGUCUUUGGAGAUGGGACAUCUAUCCUAGCUAAGCCACAGGGAACAUAUCAGGUUUUACCCAUCAAGACAGGUUCUCUUUACAUUGAUGAAGAUUGCUCAGCAGUUUAUACCCACAAAGUUUAUGAUUUUGUCAGCCAGAAAGAGAAACAAGCUGGGAGAUACAUUAUGAAACACACUUGCAGCACUAUUUGUGAGAUGAUGGAUCCUGAAGGAAAUACUUUCAAGAUCAUGGCUGAUGGCAGCACAAAUGUGUGUCCCCCUAGCAUUGGCUCUGAUGAAAAGGAGGACCGAAGUUCAGCAGCAGGACUCCAAGAAGAUAACAAACCCAUCACUUAUAAUGAGCAUGCCCCCAGGUUUUUCAUCAUCCACGCGGAUGGUUCUGGAAGUGAGCUCCUGCGGAGCAGGGAUGUACACGAGUAUCUGGCUGAGGCCUGUAGUGAUCCUGCCACUGCAGUCUUGCAGGAUCCUUUACAAGAACAUCCAGGUGCUUUAAGUAUUACUAUUCUCCGCCCUAUGGCUGAAGCCUCCCCAUGGGAAAUGAAGAAAGAACCAGAGAGUAUUGUUCCUCCAAAUCUUCAGUCAAGGACUCAGGAUAAAUUUUCACCUCUUGAGAGUAAGACCACAGCUCCCUCAGCCAGAACACGUACUUGGAAGGGUCUCUGCAUUGGAUCUGAAGAGCCAACGUGCUUGCAAGUGCCUGUGCUAAAAUGUCCUAAUAAACUGCAAGUCCGUCAGCUGUUCCAGUAUAAGCCUCUCAGUGAUGAAAUAAGAGAAAAGCUGCAGCUUUCUCUCAAGGAAUAUAUAGACAAUAUUUUGAAGCAGGAAGAUGAAUUGGAAGAGAUGAAUGUGAAAGAACCCAGAACAGAAGAGGAAAAGGAGAAUGCUUCAAGUCUCCUUGAGCUGGUUACAUCCUUCCCUAACUGGGAGAAGUCAACUGAAAAUCUCAGUGAUAGAGCCCAUGUGAGUGAGCUCUAUGAACAGGCAGUGUCUUCUCAUCACCCAUGUCACAAAAAGAAGACAAUCACUGUGCAAAGAGAGGACCAACAGCAGAGGUUAAGCCCAGAAGGAGUAGCAGCAAUGUCCAACUGGCAAAGCAGACUGGAACAGCACAGGAAAGAACUUGACAAAGAAAAGAAGUCCUUAACAGCAAUAAGAAAUAAAAUAUUUCCUCCAUAUGUUGAAUCAGAAUUCAGGAAGGAGUUUUUCCAAAUAAAGUUUUCUGAUGUGGAAGCACUGUCUAUGGCACUUCCUCCGGUUCAAAAAAGAGGAACUGUGACUUACUGUCUAGGGACAAAAAAAAACCCCAGUGGAGAAGCGGAAUGCCUUGAUACCAUAAGUGAUUCAUCACCUUCACUUGCCCUCCUGCUGCAGGCUCCUUCCAAAGAAAAUGAAGGUGCCAACAGCACAACAGAUGUAAACAAGGCUGCAAGAUUAGAAAAGACACCUGUUCAACAUAAAGUUCAAAGUCUGAUGGUGAAUGCUGCAGGACAGACAAGAAAAGAGAAAGUAAUAUUACCAUCAUCCCUUCAGGGGAAAAAACCAAACUCCAUACCAAAUAAAAAGACAGAAGAUCCUGUCGCAGGAAAGGUCAACACCUCAUCUCUUGCAACAGCAAGACAGGAUCUUAAUGCCUUCCAUGUCAUUCCGUCCAGAGUGACAUUUGGAGUGCUAAAGGAAGGCUGCACCUAUGCAGCCACUGUCAUCAUGAAGAAUGUUGGUGUGAACUUCUUAAGGUUUCAUGUGAAACAGCCACCUCCACACACAGGACUGAGAGUGACGUACACACCAGGACCUGUGGCAGCAGGCUUGCAGGUUGAACUGGAGAUAGAGAUUUUUGCCAUGGUAAUUGGAGGGGAAGACAGUGGUGGCCUUGAAGAAGUUUCCCAUGAUAUUGAAAUAGUAACAGAAACAGAAACUCUUCUCCUGCCUGUGAAAGCAACUGUGUUAACGAGUGACAUUUAUGAGUGCCGCCCCCAGGGAUACCCCCAAGGAGGGAUGGCAGCAACAGUCCAGGCAGUUCCUACAAGACCCAGGCCACCGUUCUAG